AUGCAGAAGAGAGAAACGGAAGAGACGUAUGAUAACGAGGAAUAUUCACCGCCAUCUUCCAUCAGCUCGAGUCCAUGGGCUUCUCCGCGCCAAAACCUUCUCGAGCUGCCAGGUGACCUACAGGCUAUUUGUCCUCCUUUACCCUCGGCCUCGCCUAUAACAGUUCAGAAUUCUUUCAAGGAUAGUGGUCAUGAAUUAGCAACGCAUAAAGAUGAACACAGGUCUACGUCACGGCCAUUACAGGACGCUCUCCUUCUUGGGGUUUCUGUGCUGUAUGGAAUGGAGGAUCCUGGAUGCGCCGACGACGCCGAUGAGACAGAGGACGAGGACGAGGAUGAAGAUGGUGCCUAUGGAGAUGCAGAAGAUUCGCCUACUUCGUCCGACUCAUCGAGCCCAUCUACGUCACCAGUUAAGCCCAGAUUCGCAUUUCCUUUCCACGAGUAUGUGGAAAUGAAAGGAGCAGCCUCGCACCAGACACGCCGCACGCUAGAUGACGUCGAAUUGGAAACAAAAGCUGGGGUGUUUAGACAUCCAUUCGUCACACGAGCCAUCCUUGGGACGGGUUUCAACCAGCCGCGACUUAAUCCUAGAUAUCGCAAAGGGAGAGAUAGGGGUACAUCAACGUCUGCCAUGAGCGCCCCACCACAGACCAUGCAAGAGAAACAACCGCGCAAAUGGAACAGUGCGCCGAAUUUAAAACCUGGAGUUUUGCGGGUUUCGACAAGGAGCGCGAAAAUUCUAUCCCAAAUUGUCGCACUUGAGGAGAAAGCAAAGUCAAAAGAGGAUGGACCUACCACAGCGACACACUGUCAAGGAUCCUCGACGAGCAAUAAAGGCGCAUCAGAAGAUUCGGAUCCGAGUUCAUCCUCUUCAGAAGUGAGUGGCUCGACCACGGCAGGGGGGGACCCUCUCGACCGUGUCGACGUCCUCUGGAAUUAA